GGAAAAAGCCCACCCGCGAGGGCUCGGCGGCUCUUGUCUCGGCGGGGAUGAACUGUGGCAACUUCGGCCACCCCCACCGGGGCGGCGAAGCAGAGCCAGCGACAGUGGCGAGGCCAGCUCGACUGGGCUGGAGCGCGUGAAUCCGAAGGGGCGCCUGGCGUCUUUAGCGUCUCCUUUUUGGCCUCGCGUCCCGGGACUCCAGCUCCGGUGUUCCCGGUAGUAGCGGCUUCCGCGCCUGCCUCCUGGGUGUUCGCAGCUCGGCGGGCGAAGCAGGAGAACCCGAUCCCAGCGCCGAGCGCAACCUGCAGGAGUGGCCGAGCCCCGCGCUCCCGCCCCAGCUCCGAGGCGGGCGCAGCCGCAGCGGGGGCCGGGGCUCGAGCCCCGCGCCGCCGCCGCCCGCGGUGGGGGGCGGGCUGGGGGCGGGGCGGCCAGGGCCGCCUUGCCCAGCGAGAUCCCCGAGCGCAGCACCCGGCGCUGCCGAUCCACCUCCCCCGCCGCCCGCUAGCAAGUUUGGCGGCUCCGUGCCCGGCGCGUCUCGAGAUCCAGGCGCAUUUGUUUCCUCCUGGUUUCCGCUCGCCGCGUUUGGCGGGGACCCUCGGGAGCGAUGCCGAGGGAUGUGAUUUUAGUUGUGUGGUUCUGUGUGUGCACCGCCAGGACAGUGGUGGGCUUUGGGACGGACCCUGACCGGCAGGUGGAUAUUAUCACCGAGCUCGACCUCGUGAACACCACCCAUGGAGUCACUCAGGUGUCCGGACUGCACAAUGCCAGCAAGGCCUAUUUAUUUCAAGAUACAGACAGAGAGAUCCAUGCGGCCCCUCAUGUGAGUGAGAAAUUAAUCCAGCUGUUCCGGAACAAGAGCGACUUCACCUUUUUGGCCACCGUGCAGCAAAAGCCAUCGACUUCAGGAGUGAUCCUCUCCAUACGAGAGCUGGAACACAGCUAUUUUGAACUGGAGAGCAGUGGUCUGAGGGAUGAGGUCCGAUAUCACUAUAUGCAUAACGGGAAGCCCAGGACCGAGGCCCUUCCGUACCGGCUGGCAGAUGGACAGUGGCAUAAGCUCGCAUUGUCCGUUAGCGCCUCUCAUCUCCUGCUCCAUGUCGACUGCAACAGAAUUUAUGAACGUGUGAUAGACCCUCCUGAAACCAACCUUCCCCUAGGAAGCAACUUAUGGCUUGGUCAACGCAACCAAAAGCAUGGCUUAUUCAAAGGAAUCAUCCAAGAUGGGAAAGUCAUCUUUAUGCCAAAUGGAUACAUAACUCAAUGUCCGAACCUGAAUCGCACUUGUCCAACUUGCAGUGAUUUCUUAAGCCUGGUGCAAGGAAUAAUGGAUUUGCAAGAGCUCUUGGCCAAGAUGACUGCCAAAUUAAAUUAUGCAGAGACGAGACUUAGUCAGUUGGAAAACUGUCACUGCGAGAAGACCUGCCAAGUGAGUGGACUUCUCUAUAGAGAUCAAGACUCCUGGGUUGACGGGGAUCACUGCCGGAACUGCACUUGCAAAAGUGGCACUGUCGAGUGUCGAAGGAUGUCCUGUCCCCCUCUCAAUUGCUCCCCGGACUCCCUCCCCGUGCACAUUGCUGGCCAGUGCUGUAAGGUCUGUCGACCAAAAUGUAUCUAUGGAGGCAAAGUCCUUGCAGAAGGCCAGCGGAUUUUAGCAAGGAGCUGCCAGGAAUGCAGAGAUGGAGUUUUAGUAAAAAUCACAGAAGCGUGCCCUCCUUUGAACUGCUCCGAAAAGGACCACAUUCUCCCAGAGAAUCAGUGCUGCAGUGUCUGUAGAGGUCAUAACUUUUGUGCAGAAGGUCCUAAAUGUGGUGAAAACUCAGAAUGUAAAAACUGGAAUACAAAAGCUACCUGUGAGUGCAAGAAUGGUUACAUUUCUGUCCAGGGAGAUUCUGCUUACUGUGAAGAUAUUGAUGAGUGUGCAGCUAAGAUGCAUUACUGUCAUGCCAACACUGUGUGCGUGAACUUGGCUGGGUUAUAUCGCUGUGACUGUGUCCCAGGCUACAUCCGAGUCGAUGACUUCUCUUGCACAGAACAUGAUGAAUGUGGCAGUGGGCAGCACAACUGUGAUGAGAACGCCAUCUGCACCAACACUGUCCAGGGACACAGCUGCACCUGCAAACCGGGCUACGUGGGCAAUGGCACCAUCUGCAGAGCAUUCUGCCAAGAAGGCUGGAGAUAUGGUGGAACCUGUGUGUCCCCUAACAAGUGUGUCUGUCCUUCUGGAUUCACAGGAAGCCACUGUGAGAAAGAUAUUGAUGAAUGCACAGAGGGAAUCAUUGAGUGCCACAACCAUUCCCGCUGCGUCAACCUGCCAGGGUGGUACCACUGUGAGUGCAGAAGCGGUUUCCAUGACGAUGGGACCUAUUCACUGUCUGGGGAGUCCUGUGUUGACAUUGAUGAAUGUGCCUUAAGAACUCAUACCUGUUGGAAUGAUUCUGCAUGUGUCAACCUGGCAGGGGGCUUUGACUGCCUCUGUCCCUCUGGGCCCUCCUGCUCUGGUGACUGCCCACAUGAAGGAGGACUGAAGCACAAUGGGCAAGUGUGGACCUUGAAGGAAGACAGGUGUUCUGUCUGUUCCUGCAAGGACGGAAAGAUAUUCUGUCGACGGACGGCUUGUGAUUGCCGGAAUCCAAGUGUUGACCUUUUCUGUUGCCCAGAGUGUGACACCAGGGUCACAAGUCAAUGUUUAGAUCAAAAUGGACACAAGCUUUAUCGGAGUGGAGACAAUUGGACUCAUAGCUGCCAGCAGUGCCGGUGUCUGGAAGGAGAGGUAGACUGCUGGCCACUCACUUGUCCCAACUUGAGCUGUGAGUACACAGCCAUCUUGGAAGGGGAGUGCUGUCCCCGCUGUGUCAGUGACCCCUGCCUGGCUGAUAACAUUGCCUAUGACAUCAGAAGAACUUGCCUGGACAGCUAUGGCAUUUCAAGGCUUAGUGGCUCAGUGUGGACAUUGGCUGGAUCCCCCUGCACAACCUGCAAGUGCAAGAAUGGAAAUGUCUGCUGCUCUGUGGAUUUGGAAUGUCUUCAUAAUAACUGAAGUAUUUCAAACGGACUCAUCAUUGUGGGAGAAGAAUGGACGAAAUGACCAUCCAGCAUGGUGAAGAACAGGAGUUGGUGUUGGUUGUUUUUUUGGUUUUUUGUUUUUUGGGUUUUAUAUCAUGGACAAUUACCAAAGUCUCCGUCCGAAGAAGGUGUUUGGGGGUUGCCUUUUGGACCUACCACUUUGUUCAUUCUUGCUAACCUAGUCUAGGUGACCUACAGUGCAGUGCUUUUAAGUCUCUGGUUGUUAAAAGAAGUUUCCCGUGUUGUAAAUCACAUGUUUCCCUUACCAGAUCAUUUGCAAAUACAUUUAAAUGAUCUCAUGGUAAAUGUUGAUGUAUUUUUUGGUUUAUUUUGUGUACAAACCUAAUAGAGAUUCAGCUCUUUUAUUUUUUUCUUGAGUUUUGGAUCAAAUUCUACAAAUAAAGUUGCCUGUUGUGAUUUUGUCCCAUCUACUCUAUACUUAGUAUUGAGAUCCCUGUGAAAUGUUUUGAUGAGUGUAUGUCUGUAGAGUCUUGCUGCAUUAUACUUUCAUU